UUUCUCCCUUCCAAGAUGGCCGAAGUGGAUUCCCCCUCUUAACGAUUUGGCGUCUCCCUCGACCACCUCUUUGUGCACCAGCCCCCUGCUAAGACCCUGCUUGCGAGGGUGACACGUCCCCAGUCUCCUCAGUCCUGACCCGGCACCAUGCAUCGGACCACCCGGAUUAAAAUCACCGAGCUGAACCCUCACCUCAUGUGUGCCCUCUGUGGGGGCUAUUUCAUCGAUGCCACCACCAUUGUGGAGUGCCUACACUCCUUCUGCAAGACCUGCAUCGUGCGAUACUUGGAGACCAACAAAUACUGCCCCAUGUGCGAUGUCCAGGUCCAUAAAACCCGACCCCUGCUGAGCAUCAGAUCUGACAAAACCCUCCAGGACAUCGUCUACAAGUUGGUGCCUGGGCUUUUUAAAGAUGAGAUGAAACGGCGACGGGACUUCUACGCGGCAUACCCCUUGACGGAGGUCCCCAAUGGCUCCAACGAGGACCGAGGCGAGGUCGUAGAGCAAGAGAGGGGGGCUCUCGGCGACGAUGAGAUUGUCAGCCUUUCCAUCGAGUUCUACGAAGGAGUCAGGGACCGAGAGGAGAAGAAGAGCCUCGUGGAAAAUGGGGAUGGGGACAAGGAGAAGACAGGGGUGCGCUUCCUGCGAUGCCCAGCAGCCAUGACCGUCAUGCACCUCGCAAAGUUCCUCCGCAACAAAAUGGAUGUGCCCAGCAAGUACAAGGUGGAGAUCCUCUACGAAGAUGAGCCCCUGAAGGAAUAUUACACUCUCAUGGACAUAGCCUACAUCUACCCCUGGCGGAGGAAUGGGCCUCUCCCCCUCAAGUACCGUGUCCAGCCAGCCUGCAAGCGGCUCACUCUGCCCACAGUGCCCACUCCAUCAGAAGGCACCAAUACCAGUGGGGCAUCAGAGUGUGAGUCAGUCAGCGACAAAGCUCCCAGCCCUGCUACCCUUCCAGCCACCUCCUCCUCCUUGCCCAGCCCUGCGACCCCAUCCCAUGGCUCUCCCAGCUCCCAUGGUCCUCCAGCCACUCACCCUACCUCCCCCACUCCACCUUCUACUGCCAGUGGGGCCACCACAGCUACCAACGGAGGCACUUCGAACUGCCUGCAAACACCAUCCUCCACCAGCAGGGGGCGCAAGAUGACUGUUAAUGGAGCGCCUUGCCCCCCUUGAGGAAAGGCACCCUUUCAGCAGCCACCUUUCCCUUCCUUUUUACUUUUUCUGGGCCCUUUUUUUCCACCCACCGUUGACUUCCCCUAGUUCCUCCCAUCUUCAGAGUGGGAGGUGGGUUUUAUAAAUAAAUUUAUCUAUAUAUAAAUAUAUAUAUAUGUACAUAGGAAAAACCAAAUAUACAUACUUAUUUUCUAUGGACCAACCAGAUUAAUUUAAAUGCCACAGAAAGCAAACUGUGUGUGUGUGUGUGUGUGUGUGUGUGUGUGUGUUGGGGUAUUAGAGUCUAGAGGUCUUCUGUAGUUUGCUCUGUUCUUCUGGGGGUACCUGGUGGUCUUAAGGGGGUAUUGGAGGUAUUAAAGCCCUCCCUUGUGUCCCUUCUGCUUCCCAGGGCAGAGGGCA